CGGGUUGAAAAAUUGUCCUCAAUCUAAAUCAAGUACAAUUUCGCCCUGCUUCAGAAGGACAUAUCAUCGAUCCCGAGUCUGCCAGGCCUUAUCAGUCUUCGUCAUCGCUUAUCUUACUGUGUUCGAAACCAGCCGUGACCACAGGGAUUCAUCUGCAAAACAUUGAAUAACCAUGGGCAAGCCUCGAGUCUGUGCCACCCACGAUCCAAAACCUCUUCUACCGCUGAAUAUGCUAACACCGCAAAUGUGAUUACACAGCUAAUUAUUCUCAUCCGCCAUGCGCAAUCCGAAGGAAACAAAAACCGGGAAAUCCACCAGAGCGUCCCCGACCACCGAGUCAAACUCACUCCCGAGGGGCACAGGCAGGCCCUGGAAGCCGGGCGACGCCUGCGGGCCAUGCUACGUCCGGACGAUACUCUACACUUCUUCACCUCUCCCUAUCGGCGAACGCGAGAAACAACUGAAGGCAUCCUCACCUCUUUGACCUCAGACGAUCCAUCCCCAUCCCCGUUCCCUCGAAAUACAAUCAAGGUCUACGAGGAACCCCGGCUGCGGGAGCAGGACUUUGGAAAUUUCCAGCCAUGCUCGGCGGCAAUGGAGAAGAUGUGGCAGGAACGUGCGGAUUACGGGCACUUCUUCUACCGAAUCCCCAACGGAGAGUCUGCCGCAGAUGCAUAUGAUCGAGUAAGCGGAUUCAAUGAGUCACUCUGGAGACUCUUUGGUGAAGACGACUUCGCCAGCGUGUGUGUGCUGGUCACCCACGGCUUGAUGACACGCAUAUUCCUCAUGAAAUGGUACCACUUCAGCGUGGAGUAUUUCGAGGACCUACGAAAUAUAAACCACUGCGAGUUUGUCGUGAUGGAGAAGAACCAGGAUAACGGAAAAUAUAUCCUACAAAACCAGUUACGUACAUGGUCCGAGCUCAAACUGCAGCGGGAUCUGGACAAGCAAAAGGCCAAGGCUGCCCGAGAGGCCGCGUUUGGGACAGAUAUCGCCUCGACAAGCCCAGUGAUGUUAACCUCCGUUGUCCCCAUUCGACGAAAAUGGGGAGGCUGUCCGGAUGGCUGCAAUCACGGUUCGAAAUCGUAUAGGAGAAAGAGUCCUUCCUUGCAAAAGCAAAACUCCCAACCCGCACCAGAGGAAGCGACAGCUAAUAAUGAUGGCGAAAACGAGCAGCAAGAAGCCCUCAUACCACACCCGGAGCACAUCGACUUCACCAGCCGUCCAGUCAACCCCAAGCCCUACCUAGACCACACCCACCAGACCGAAAGCGAAAUCACCCGAGGGCUCGCCAUCCUCCAACUAGGCGGCGGAAGAGACGCCGGCGGCUCCCGCAGCGGCGCCACCAGCCGCGCCUCCUUCGCCUCCAACCGUCCAGACGACGAAGAUCUGAAAAAUCUCUACGCCAACGGACCCAUCAACCCCGGCGGCAUAGACGACCAGGAGGACCAAAACGGGCAGACGCCCAGGCCACCAAACAUGCUCAACUUUGCCGGCAGUCAGCACCAGCUGCGCACUACUCUCCGCGACAGCCGGCCCCAUGCCAUGGCAAAUUCCCUGGGCGACACGGACGACAAUGGCCUAGCCUCGCGCCGGUCGUCCUCGAGCCUUUGCUCCAACGACGAAGACGGUGCGGCCGAAAAAGACCCUCCUCCACCAUCGACAAACGGAGAAAAGGCUAUCUCCGACGAACUUCAGGACGAAGAGGAGGCCGUUGACAUGAUCAAGGAGCGCGAGCAGGGCGUUCAAGCGAGCGUAUACUGA